GGCCAUCGCAGUGCCGAGGGGCCGAGGCCUCCCUGCGAGGGGAGGGAGGGGAUAUUCAAGUAACAGCGUGCUAGUACCCUCAGAACAUAUACAGUGGGAAACAUGUAUAAAGGGAGCUCCCAAACCUGUGGCCACCAGAAACUUCGGCAAAAUAUUAGUAAGCAAUUAUUAGUUGCUGAUUUGAUGACCGGUCUGAAGCAACGGAUAGUAAGCAGUCUGAUAAUACAAAAUACCCUGAGGAUACAGCAUUUUUAGGUAUACCUCCAUUAGCUUUAAAUUUAUAUUUUAAUUUAUUUCCACCUUGAGGAAUGAGGUGUUGGCCGUUCUCAUGAAGGGGCCUUUUGAAAUAGGCAGUGGUCAGUGCCGAAGCGAGCAGUCAAGUUAAUGUUGCCAAAUGGCAUUUCUCACCCUCCCAGGACAUCACAUCUGCUGUACUCUGAGCCGAGUGGAAGGUACACAAUCAUUCAACUCCCAGUGUGCAGUUUGAGAGUAGCUGUAACAAGUACCUGCUGUCAUAUUGCCUUUGAACCCUGUCAGUAGGAACCACCCCUGCUGAAUAGGCCAAGGGCUGAAUUUCAGAACCCUUUCAACCAUCAGUGGUGAUAUUACAGCACUGAUGGUACUGUGAGUUUGUCUUAUCUACAGCCUGCAUCCAUGGUGUGUCUUGCUGCUGAUAAUCUGGACAGAAAAGUCAUUCUUCCCCUUGACCCUGCCAAGGGCUGAACUCCAGAACCCUUUCAGUCAUCAGUGAAUGGAAUUACAGCACUAAGGGCACUGCAUACUGCAGCAUCCAGAUGGGACUGUCCUGAAGCAGCUGCAGCCACCACCUCGUGGUCCCAGGGAACAGGAGUUCUACAAUAAGGUAGAUAUUAUCUUCUGUUUGGACCAAGAAAAUCUUCUCUUCUGAAACUGCUGGAUUUGCUUGCAGCUGGAUGUGUGAACAUGACAGAGUGACGAUCUUUCCAACCCUCCCUAAUUUAUUUCAGGUUUAUGACCCUGACUGUUGUGACAGCAUUCUUCUGGAGCUGCGGAAAUAUCUGCCAAAAUACUUCGGUGUCUGGUCACCACCUACUGCACCAAAUGAUACCUAUCUAAAACUGGAAGAUGUGACCCGUAAGUUUAAUAAGCCUUGCAUAAUGGAUGUAAAAAUAGGUCAGAAAAGUUAUGAUCCAUAUGCUUCGGUGGAGAAGAUCCAGCAGCAGGUCAGCAAGUACCCGCUGAUGGAAGAGAUUGGCUUUUUGGUACUCGGCAUGAGGGUGUACCAUGUCUCUUCAGACAGCUACGAGACACAAAACCAACACUAUGGAAGGAGCUUGACCAAGGAAACAGUAAAGGAUGGCAUCUCAAAGUUUUUCCACAGUGGGUACUGCUUGAGAAAAGACGUGGUAGCUGCCAGCAUUCAGAAGAUUGAAAAGAUUUUGGAGUGGUUUGAGGGCCAGACACAACUCAACUUUUAUGCAAGCUCACUGCUUUUUGUCUAUGAAGGUUCGUGUCAGGCAACAACUGUGCGGUUGAGUGAUGUCACCUUGGUGGAGAAGAAAGGAAUGCCCAAAGGGCUGUUAUCAGGUGGAGAUGUGUUGGAGUGUAAUAAUAAUAUUCAUGUAAUAAAUUCUACAGAGAAUGGAAAAAUUGAAGCCUCCGUAAGUAAAGGCUUGUCCAAGUUUUAUGCACUUCACAAAAAGUCAUGCUCAAAGAGGCACCACAGUCAGCUCUCACUAAAAGUUGAAAACUUGGAGCAAGACAACGUGUGGAAAAGCAGCACGUGCAUUGCACAGGAGCACCUGAACGGAAACGUUCUACCCCAACUGGAAAAAGUUUUCUAUCACAUGCCAGCAGAGACCAAGGAAAGUGCAAACGUGGAAGUCCGAAUGAUCGAUUUUGCUCACGUGUUUCCUAGCAACGCAAAGGAUGAGGGCUACAUUUAUGGUCUGAAAAAUCUAAUCACAGUACUUCAGAGUAUUUUGGAUAACUAAAUUCUUUGCUAUGUUUUUUAUUGGGGCCAAUGAUAAAGAGCAACAACAUGAAGAAUUUCUGCACUUGUAA